GCUCUGCAGUCACGUAGUUUGUUCCUGUCGAAGAUGGACACAGAAGAGUCAAGUGUCAGUGUUUCUACUAUAUUCACGUUCUUGUUGUUGCUUUUCCCCAUCGUGUCUCUUGAAGGUCAGUUUAAUGUGGUCGGAUCACUUCAACCUAUCGUGGCCACUCCAGGUGAUGAUGUCAUCCUGCCGUGUCACGUGGAGCCAAAGUUUAACGUGGCGAGGUUGACGGUGGAGUGGUCGAGGCCCGAUCGUCGUCCUGACCCCAACGACCGUCUGAGUCGAGUGGAAUAUGUUCAUCUUUACAGAGAUGCCCACGAGGUCCCCGACAUGAAAAUCCCAUCGUACUUCGGGAGGACGGCGUUGUUCACAGACGGCCUGAGAGAAGGAAACAUCUCACUAAGAAUCACUAAUGUGGCACAAGAAGAUGAAGGAAGAUACAGAUGUUUCAUCCCAAAGUUAAAGAGUCAAACAAGGUUUUCAGUUGUUCGUCUGAUUGUUGCUGAAACUAUGACAACAGAGACACCACUGCAUCCUGAAACUCUCCAAACUCCUGAGCCGAUGGACGAGUUUCACAGUAAAGGUGGUUUGUCCCGUCGGAGCCGACUGAUCCCACUUGUGGUUUUCUGUGUUUUUAUUCUGCUCUGUGUCGCAGUCGCAGGAGGCCAGUUCACUGAGUUGAAGCAUUGAAAAACAGAAGUAUGUCUUGCGAGUGCAGCUUUGUAGGUGCCUUACUAUUAGACGCACUGGAAACAUUAACAGAGGCAUCACCCACUUUACUUGAACGUUAAUUAAAAGCAUUGAUUUUUCCAGCCUCAUGUCGACACAGCAGAUCUGCAGCAGGAGGAUUUCACAAUGUCCUGUAAUUUGUUUGGAGUCAUGCUGAACCCCUGGUUUAAACAAGACAGUUAAAAUACUUAAACAACAACCAUCAUUGGUGCCAAAGUUAACUUCUGGGAUCAAACUUCAAAAGCGUGAGGACCUACAAUUUUGAUGCCUUGCUCAUGGGCACAUUGGAAACAUUAAGAGAGGAGAAAGUGCCAACUUCUUACUUACUUUGAGAUGUUUCUUAUUUGUUUGAGGAGCCGAAGAACUUUCCCAGCCUCCUGUGGGCACAGUGGGCCUGCAGCAGGUGAAUUUCAUGAUGUCCUGCAGUUUGUUUGGACCUGAAUUCUACCUUUAAUCCCUGUGAUGAUGCCUGAGAUUGUAUGACUGGUCUGGUGACUUCCAAAGGGUUUAACCACAGAAAUAACAUCCAUUAUUUGAGUCAAAGUCGACCUCUGGCAAACAUAAGAAUAAUUUGUGUCACAACUGUGAAGUAUAUGGUUGUACUGCAGCACUAAGACUGAAAUUGUUUUGUGAGACUUUGAUCAAAUCUUAAUAACCUCACAUAUAAAUUCUCUUGCAUGUGAGGUUAUUUACAAAGAAACACUUAAGUCUUAUCGGAUGUCCUUUCAUGAGAACUAGAUCUGAAGUGCUUUAAAUGUUCUUGCAUUUAUACCUGCGUUAGUUUGAACUUUGUUUGUAGCUUGUGGGAACAUGAAAUGCUAGUUUAGAUACUAAGAAAAUGAACCUGUUUAAGAACCUCUUAAAGUCAUCUUGUAUUUUGAGGAGAUAUGAGUGAAUAUUUGCACUCUGUUUUGUGUUAUGGGUGAAGUCUUACCUUAUUCUGCCCUUUGGGGAGCGGACUACAGCAGUAUUAGAUCAGGUUGAACUAAUGUAAACAUGUUUGCUGUGAUGUGAUUGUAGGUAUUUAUUUUGUCUUUCGGGACAGCUUGGAGCUAAAGGUGCUUUCCAUGUGUUUGUUUUGUUAAAGUUCCUAACUGUCACUCUGACAUACUGAUUGUUUUAUCAAGCUCAA